CCGCAUCCCAAAACAAGUCCAAAGGCAUUCAAGAGGCGCCGAGAGGCCUCCAAUACCCAAGAGGCCUCCAAGACGCCCUAUCAGGGCUGCAAGAGGAAUCAGUAGCCACUUGUGCUGAAGCCUGCUGCAAUUUGGACCCGAUGGCACAAUUUUCAUAUUUGUCCAUGUCAGUUGUGGCAGUGGUGUCUGUCAUGAUGUGGUCUUUUCAGUCCCAACGGACAGCAGUGCCGGUGUUCGCUUUUGGUUACCAGCAGUGCGAUUUUCGUAACAUGGCAGAUUGUGAGGCGCUUGAGAAAGUAGACCGUGCCACUUGAGCGGAUGGCCUUGCCGCUCAUUGGACAGACACUCGAUUUCGUGAAGGAUCCAAGCGACUUCAUUGCCAAGGGGUUCGACUAAUUUGGAGGCACCUUUUAUGUUAAGCGUGUUGUUCACAACCACAGCGUCCCUCAAACCGACCGCUGCGAUUUUGAAGUUCUUCUUUUCCACAAAAGGAUCGUUGUUGGCCCUCUCACUGGCUAGACGUUGUGGUCCAGAAAUAUUUCCCGAUAGUGAACGGCCCGCUCCACAAGCGAAUGCACACCGCCAGUCGUACGUUUCCCGCCGCAGCAGUUGCAUUCUUAUUUGGGUACACGUCACGCUUUCGCACAGAAGCAUAGCAACAAGUGGACUACAUAGACUGAGGUCAGAGAAGCCGGUCAUGCCGUCUAAACGUACACAUUAGAGUUCAUGCAACAGAUAACCCCUGGCUCUGACAUGCCUGCCCAGGAGUUUCAGCACAUGAUGUCCCUGUUCGAUACAACAAUUGGUUGCCUUGCCUGCCUGCUUCCUGUGGGCUUGCCUCUUUCCCAUUGGAGGAAAAUCAGUAGCUCUCGGCGACGGCGGACCGCAAUCUACCAGAAGGUAACAACGAGAAGCGUAAACCGCCACCCGCAAAGCCCUCGUCGAUGCUCGACCAUGUCAUGACCAACUGUAACCUGGAUUGUGAGUUGCCGAGCGACCUGGGGCUUGAAGCUAUCUGCGUGGCCAUGGCAUUCGCUUGGCACGAUACCAUCCUUGGAACAACGCAGACGAUGCGGCACCGCUCGGAUGCAAGCCCAAGUGUGGAGUGCGCGCUGCGGCAGGAGGUCGACUCGGUACGGGGCGGGGACGGCAGCUCGCCGGUGACGCAAGCUCUUCUGCAGAAGCUGCACAGGUGCCGCACGUGCUGGCUAGAGUCUCUUCGGGUUACUCCUCCUCUGCAGACCACGUCGAGCAGUCUUGCAGCAGACGCUCCAGUGCAUGGUUUAUGCACUGGAAGCUGGCAUAACCAUCAUGCUGGCGUCAGCGUCUAUUACGAAGUCCUUAGUCGGCGCGGGCAGCGCAGAGUUUCGAGUUGAUCGGUAUCUUGAUCGGCUGGGCUCUUUUCAUGACAAAAGACAACUUUGAUCAGGUGUCAGGUUUGGGUGUGGCGGCCGCAUGAUCGGUUACAAGGCUGCGCCAGAUGAGAUGGCCGUCUUGCUUCCGAAUUGAUUUCAUGGCUACGGAUGUACGGCUGCAUCACGGAAGCAUGUCCAUGUCCCGUCCAAUUUCAAUCGAGUGACGGUUUCUCAUGCGAAGGCCCAAGUGUAAGACUAUGCUCCAGGUUGCAGCAUCCUGAGAUUGUUGACUUCGAUCCUGUUCAUAAAGUUCAGCGUUUGUCAACUUCGCCGUCCCAUAUUCAUAGUUAGGCGUGUAGAGUUGUCUCUCUUUCUUUGUGUAUGUUUUCUUUUAUCUCUCUCUCUCUCUUUCUCUCUCUCUCUCUCUCUCUCCCUCUCGCUUCCAGCCCUCGCCGACUACCUCCACCUGCAUAUCACUGGAACGCAAUCGGAG